GCACCACCAACAACAAAUCGCCGAUCGAUCAUUCGAGGAAAUGUGCGCGCUCGUAAAAAUAUUCGACUGCUGUUGCAUUACCGACGGCAAGUGAAGACCGCAAUGAACAUAGCAAUCGAUCCGGAAACGGGCCUACUAGUGAUACUCAAGACACAAGCAAUCUCAUUGCAAUCAAAAUGGACGCAUAUACAUUGCCAACGUACUUCCCACUGGCGUACUCGGAACUGCAGUUCCUCGCCUCAAGGCGGGCAGCAGCAGUCACUGCUGCCGCCACAGUGCUUCCCAGCUCGCCUGUGAGCAAUCAUGCGCCAACAGAUGUUGGCAGCACCCAUCCGAUGCCGUCCGAUGCCACAACGACGACUGCAACGCCGGACGCGACUCCCACCACAACUGCAAAUAUCGGUGCAUAUGCCAAUGGCAAUACGCUGCUCAGCAAUGCGAUGCACCAUCAUCCCCACCAGCACGUCCAUGGUAACUUGGGGGCGCAGCCACCACACGAUUUUCAUCCGGCCUACAGAAUUCCCAGCUAUAUGGAACACAUUUACUCGCUGCAGCGCAGCAGUCCCACAGCAUCCUUUCAUGAUCCGUAUGUAAACUGUGCACCUGCUUUCCAUCUGACGGGACUGGGUCUGGGCUCGAGCGAGUUCUUGAGCGCGCGUGGCAUCGGCUCGUUGGGUGAACUGCAUCAUGCAGCCGCGGCGGCAGCAGCGGCCGCCGCCGCGGCGGGAUCUCUGGCAAGCACCGAUUUCCACUUUAGUUUGGAUGGCAAUGGACGCCUGAGUAGUCCCCGGACGGGUGGUGGCAGCAUUCGCGCCAGCAUCAGCCGCAAACGUGCCUUGUCCUCAUCGCCAUAUUCGGAUUCAUUUGAUAUUAACUCGAUGAUCCGAUUCUCGCCCAAUUCACUGGCCACAAUUAUGAAUGGUUCGCGCGCGAGCAGCGCAGCCAGCGGUUCCUAUGGCCAUCUAUCGGCUGGUGCCAUCAGUCCCAUGGCUCAUUCAGCGAUGGCUCCUCAUCUGCAGCAGCUGCAGGCACAUCUCUUGCGCGCCAGCGCUGGACUGCUGCAUCCAAUGACGCCACAUCAAGCGGCAGCUGCCACCUUCUCCAUGAGCCAUAUGGCCAGUGCAGCAGCUAUGGGCCUCAGCGAGGUAAAUGCUAAGGAAUUCCACUUGCCUGGACAGACGCCAUCAAGUGCCGAGGAGCCCAAGCACUCGGACUCAACUAAGGUAAGCGAGGGGGUACCACUUGACAAACCCAUCGAACAGCCUUCGUCCACAUCGGAGAGCGUCGCGCAGGUCGAGGCAGACAGUGCAUCUGCAAAUGCUUUGGAGCGACGGCAGCGUAACAAGGCGGCGAACAGCAAUGGCAAUGGGGGCGUGUAUGGGGGCGGGGCCGAUCGCAACCUAGUGCAAUUCGGUCUGGCAACACCCACUACCACGACGACUACGACUCCAUUGAACGACUACGAUUGUCCCACAGCGGACACAACGGAUAUUAAAGACGAGCCUGGUGACUUCAUUGAGACGAAUUGUCAUUGGCGGGAUUGCGGCAUUGAGUUCCUAACCCAGGACGAGCUCGUCAAGCACAUCAUCAAUGAUCACAUUCAGACUAACAAGAAGGCCUUCGUUUGCCGUUGGGAGGAUUGUUCGCGUGGCGAAAAGCCAUUUAAGGCCCAGUACAUGCUGGUCGUACAUAUGCGUCGACACACCGGGGAAAAGCCACAUAAAUGCACGUUUGAGGGCUGCUACAAGGCCUAUUCGCGCUUGGAGAAUCUCAAGACCCAUCUGCGUUCGCACACAGGUGAGAAGCCGUACACCUGCGAGUAUCCGGGAUGCAGCAAAGCUUUUAGUAAUGCCAGCGAUCGGGCCAAACAUCAGAAUCGAACUCACAGCAGUGAGAAACCAUAUGUUUGCAAGAUGCAGGGCUGCACCAAACGUUACACCGAUCCUAGCUCGCUGCGCAAGCACGUGAAAACGGUUCAUGGUCCAGAAGUCUAUGCAAAUAAGAAGCACAAGGGCUUGCCCCUUCACGAUGCCAAUUCCGGUCUGGACGGGGGUCAACAUCCAUUGCGUCAGAAUCACAAUUCACAGCACAUGCAGGAUCAGCAUCAUCAUAUCGACUCGAGUCCAUGUAGUGAUGAGCUGCACUCGGGAAAGACCACAAGCGUGUCCAGUCCCAGCAUUAAGUCCGAGUCCGAUGCCAACUCGCCGCGCCAGCUGAAUGGUAAUGCUGGCAAUGAGGGCGGCAUGCAUGGUGGCGCACCUACGGACUGCUAUAUGAUGGGCUAUGGCCAGGAUGAUUUGGGGUCCGACAACGUGCCCGUCCUGGAUGACGGUUGGCCCUAUGAUGACGAUGUUGAUGCCAUGCAUCUGCCAAUUGUCCUGCGAGCUAUGGUGAACAUUGGCAAUGGUAAUGGAGCAGGAGGUGCUACUCAGGGUGGUGGCGGUGCAACCAUGGCCAGACAACGCAUCCGCACCCGUCUCCCCACCAAGGGCAUAAAUACGACCAGCCCAAUACUCUCAAACAUACCGGAGAUGAAUAGAUUAACCCAGCGCAUAACUGAACUCAAAAUGGAGCCGGGCACAGUGGGGCCACAAACGAUGAUCUCGACUAAUCGCCUGCCAGCAGGCACCACUGCGCCCCACCUGACUGAGCUGCAGACCCGCGCAUCAAUUCAGACGGGUACCCAAGUCGGAUCCGCCCUGCAGCAGCAGCAGCAACAGCAACAGGGUUCUCCUCAGAUACGACGCGAUAGCAUGAAUUCCAUUGCCAGCACGUACUACUGUAGCAUGCCGAGUCGACGAAGCAGCGCCAUUUCACAACAGUCGAGCAUGUCGACCAUGCGUCCGGUGCCCACAGCGACCAGCUAUUAUGAUCCCAUCUCUCCCGGCUGUUCGAGGCGUUGCAGUCAGAUGUCGGAUGUAGCAACCGCUCAGGUUCACCAGAGUAUGCAGCCAGGAGGCAUGCAUCGUGGAAUCAACGCAGGAAUCACUGGAGGUCCGGGCAUGUCCUACUUCUCUGGCCAUAACACCAGUCUGCCGCCUCCGCCUUCAUCCCAUGUGAUUGCCUCCCAUCUGCAACGCCUGCAAUCGGCCGAGUCCCUGGGAUAUCAGCCCAACGGCGGCCGCUACUCAAUUCCCAACAUUUCACACUCUCCUCACAUGCUGAACGGACCCGAUUUGAGUGGUUCUCGCCAGCUGCAGAGUAGCAUAAAUCGUCGCCAGUCGGAGCCAGUCCAAAGGGCCCAACAGAAUCUCUCCAACUAUGAGCGCAUGAUUACCUCCUCAGCAUUGAGUGCCACCAUGCAGAGCAUGCGAAACUCUGGCUCUCGCAAUAGAAUGCCAAACGGCUAUACAGCUGGGAGCGCUGGAACUGGACCUGCCAUGGCACAAGAGAAUGCAGUCAGAAAUCAGGAAAAUGUCAGUAGUGCGAAUGCGCCAGCAACAUCGACUGAAAACCAAGGGAACGAUCUGGAGGGUGACGAUGAUCUUAUCUAUCCCGAUGAGAUGUUGCAGUAUCUGAAUCUCGUACAGGAUGGUACUGAAGGAGCCUCUGGGGCUCCAGCAGCUACCACGCCCGCUAUAGAGACUGCCCCAGAGACCAGAGCCAAUACGGCUGGCAACAAUGUGGCCAACAACAACAACAACAACAACGUGACUGCCUAUUUGCCGAUGUCGUCACCAGCUUUGCGCAUGAACAGCCCAUCACAUCUGGGCAUACCAAGCAGUCCGUCGACCUUGACUCAGCUAAUGUCCCCACAAUCGGGACACACCAUGUCAGCCCUGGGCAGUCCGUACUCCCAGAGGAACUAUGAAACGAAUGAUGCAUCCCACCGCCAGCAACAGGCAGUCUAUUGCAACUUUGCCCAAAGGGCAACAGACAAUGAAAUGUACGGAGGCCGACCCCAGCCAGCACCAUUGGGAUAUGAGCCACAGCGAACGGCCCAGAAUGAGAUUAUUGAUUCUUCAAUGACCAGUCUACCAGAGCUUACGACCCAGGUGGCCACCACUACUGGACCCGCACACUGUCCCAUACAGCUCAACAAUGAGAUGGACCAUCAAAUAAGUCGAGGCAAUGAGAUUCAAUGUGGUGUCAUUAGUCAGUCGCAGAUGUCGCCUGCCAUGAACAUGAAUGACCAGUCGAUGCACAGCUGUCAAGGAAGACAGGGACGUUCUCUCGUCAAGCCCGGCGAAGUACCGUCGACAACAGCACAGAUGCCCUCGGCCCUUGGUCCAAAGGCCUAUGCUGAGAAUCAAACAAACAGUACAAUGCAAUCUGAUACGUAUCAGCGGACACUGGAGUAUGUGCAGAGCUGUCAGAACUGGAUGCAGACCAAUAAUGCGCACGUUCAAUCGACCGUCAAUUCCAACGUUGUGCAACACAACAAUCCUAAUCCGGUUGGCAAUCUUAAUGCCAACAACAACAACUCACUUUGGCCGGACGUAAGCAGCUCGACCCAUCCUGGCCAUAAUAUGAUAAUCAAUGACAUGAAGACAUCAUUGAGUUCUCUGCUGGAGGAGAAUCGGUUUCUACAGAUGAUGCAGUAGAUUGUUAUGUAGGAAAAAUCCUUCAUUUAUAAAUUUCUUUAAGCAUUUUUUUUUCGUUUAAUUUAACCUGACCGUUUAUUGAUUCACAAAAGCCAUCAAACUUUUUUUUUGUGUGUAAUUCUGAACAGUACUGACCCUACACAAAUGAAGUUUUAUGUACGUACAAUGGCAUA